UAAUCUUUAUAAAAUAGGAGCAAAUUUAUACGUAUUGACAAUGCAGUUGAAACAACAAGCAAAAAUCGACUUUGAUGAUCGAUAAAUAAGAUUGAUAAUCUUCAGUAUUUGUCACUUCGUGAGUAACUACUUGAGAAGUGACCAAUAUGGCAGUUCAAAAAUCCACUCGAAGGUGUACGCAUGCGCUCCUGUAUUCCAGUUAAUUUGGCAGGAAUAUUUGACAAUUUUUGUGAUAUUGCAACAAAUAAAUUAACAGUGAACAAACAGUUCCCAUUUUACUGCACAAUAUCGUCCAAGCGACGGCGUAAAACCUGUUUCGACGUUCGCAGCAUCAAGGUAUUUAUGAAUUCUGCAUAAUAAUUAGAACAGUUUUGUCUGGAUGUGUUUUUUGAACGUUAGUUAAAUCGAAUUGAAACUGUUUUUAGAUCUUCAAUUAUGGAAGGUUACCAGACUAUAGUUUUUGGAAUUCAAGUACCGAGCGCGUGGCCGUGCGAAGAAAUUCGGAGUGAAAUUUUGAAGGCGGUGCGAAAUGCGAUAGUGCAUCACUUAGAUGAGGAACAAGUUGUUUUGACAAUAAAUAACAUUUCUACAAAGCCGAUACAAAAUGACUCGGGAAUUGGAUAUCUUUUCCAAAUAAUUGAAGAAAUACCGGAGAAUUCCUAUAAAAUUGAACUCAUCUUGCCGUCAGAAAUUUUGCUAAUUUCUGGUGAAGAACGAAAUCAUAUAUCAGUAGAAACUGAAAAUCUUAAAUUCCAUUCUCUUGACAUGGAAUUGGUUCAAGAGAUGCCGGGUCGUGGAGAAAUAACAAUUGCCGUUCCAGACAUUUGCAAAAUUUUGAAAAUCAGAGGCGUCACCGGUGAUUUUAUUCACCAAGCAAUUUUCAAGACGACGUACCAGAAGAUUAAGAUCAUGGGGCUUUCGAAGGUACUACACCAGUUUACGUUUAAUCCGGAUCCUACUAUUUUUGGGAAGAAAAUCACUGAAAAUGAAAUGAAAAUCAUCUGCUUUGAUCAAAUACCUGUGCCCCAGUAA